CGCCCGCACUUCCGGUGUAGGCGUGUUCCGGCCUGCCAUGGAGAGCAGCAGCAGCGGGGAAGAAGACGGCGAGGAGGACUACCGCAGGCACCGCCGCCUCAGCCAGUUCGGAAUCCCCUGCCGAGACAUCAGUGGAGAGAUUUGCUGGUACUGUGAAGAAGAAGAUUGUUUUGGCUCCGAAGACUGGGAGGACUGCGGUGAGGAGCCAGAGGCAGAAGGCAAGGCCUGGGAGGACACACAAGGCACCUUCUGCGGAUUCAAGAAGUCUUUCCUUUGUAAGCCGCCUUCUGCCCCUCAGCAGGCAUCGCAUCACAGCGAUCCAGACUGCCCACUCCUGGACAUCGUUCUGCCCCAGAAACAGCAGCUCACUGCUGAGGAAGUGGAGAAAAACGCCGAAGAGUUAGUUGCAGAGGAGGAGCGGAUCAAGAGGGAGGCGGAGAAAAAAAGGCAGAAGAAGAAGCAAAAGAAGAAGAGGCAAAAGGACAGGAAGAGGCAGGAGAAGCACGGCCAGGAGUCCAAGGAUGAGUCGGCAAAGUCUCCCUGCGAGAAGGAUGUGGACAAUCGAGGCUCCUCGGCUGCUCUUCCAAGCGCAUCACCCGGAGCUGGACUCCUGGACUCGGAGGAGGACUCCCUGGAAGCCUCUCCAGGCGGGAGCCCCAGUGUGGAGGAAGAGGAAGAGGUGGCCGCAGCAGCCGCAAGAGAGGAGGAGCUGGACCUGAGCAGCACGUUUGUCUCGAAAGCUCUCCUCAAGGUGGGCUCAAAGCCAUUGCUGCCCAAGAAGGAGAUGCCAGCCAAGCCUAGCAAGAAGGAGGUGGAGGGGAAAAGGAAGCCGGAGGUCCCGAGGGCCAAGCCUCAGGUGGUUGCCUUGGAGCACAGCCUGGUGCUGGCAGGUUGUGGGAACGACACUGCCAAGCAGGGGUGCUACCAGGACGCCGUGCUUCUCUUCACGGAAGCAAUCAAGCUCAACCCCCGGGAAUACAGGUUCUUUGGGAACCGCUCCUUCUGCUACGAGAGGCUCCAGUGCUAUGCAGAGGCCCUGCGCGAUGCCCAGCUAGCCCUCAGCCUACAGCCCGGCUGGCCCAAAGGCCUCUUCCGCCAGGGCAAGGCCCUCAUGGGCCUCAAGAGGUACGCAGAGGCAGCCAGAACCUUUGAGGAGCUCAUGCGACUGGAGGAUUUCCGAGGAGAUGCUGCCAUCCAGCUGAGGCUCUGCCAAGCCCACUGCCUGCUGGAGAAUAGCAGCUGCCUGCCCAGGUGGAACAUCCCUCCCAGAGGACCCCAGCUGCCUCGGCCUGGUGUGCAGCAAGGAAGGAAACCUGUCCCAAGCAACAGUGCCCAGGCUGCAGGGCACCUGGCGCCAUUCAUGGUCACCAACUCACAGGGCAAAGUGGUCCAGCUUUCAGCGUCUCAGGAGCCGGCCAAGGAGUGGUUUGCCGUGUGGGUGGGGAACCUCGUCCCAGCGGUCACCGAGGAGGCCCUGCUCCGCUACUUCCAGCCGUUUGGGCCCAUCGCUUCCAUCCGCCGCCUCCCUCAGAGGUUCUGUGCCUUCGUCAACUACACACGCCGGGAAGCAGCCGAAGCCGCCUUUGCAGCGUUACAGAACGUUGAAGUGGAAGGAAACAAGAUUGUGCUGCAGCUCAAGCACCCAGUCCAUGCCACGCCACCCCCGGUCAAGGCUCCUGGAGCCAUCCGUCAGCCACCAAAGGCAUAAACAAGGGCUUCUGGGUCAUGGUGGCUGCCAAAGGACCGGGCUCCGAAGUCUUGGAUACUUCUCUUGUCCGAAAAGACGCUGCUGGGCUUUGUGUUGGGCUCUUGUGUUGGGAAGGAGGA